UAAAAAAUUAAUGUUAUAUUAAAUAAAAUCCAUAAGUUAAUUUCUCUUCGACAAAUUCGAUAAUCUUCGAUAAUCGAUAGUCGUCGAUGUCUUCUCGACGUUAGAAAUUCCGCUUCCUGUUUUAUUUCUUUGUAGUGACUACUAAGUUAGCAAAAUGUCGCUCGUUAUUCCUGAGAAGUUUCAACAUAUUCUUCGUGUCAUGAACACGAAUAUCGAUGGUAACAGGAAGGUUAUGUUUGCGAUGACAGCCAUCAAAGGUGUUGGUCGUCGUUAUGCCAACAUUGUUCUUAAAAAGGCAGAUAUUGACUUAAACAAACGAGCUGGAGAAUGUUCAGAAGAGGAGGUUGAAAAAAUUGUUACUAUUAUGGCUAAUCCUAGGCAAUAUAAAAUACCUGAUUGGUUCUUGAAUCGGCAAAAAGAUAUUGUUGAUGGAAAAUACUCUCAGCUUACUAGUUCCAAUUUAGAUUCUAAGCUUCGUGAUGACUUAGAACGUAUGAAGAAAAUUCGUGCUCACAGAGGUUUACGUCAUUAUUGGGGCUUACGUGUGCGUGGUCAACAUACGAAGACUACUGGCAGACGUGGACGUACUGUUGGUGUAUCAAAGAAGAAGUAAUUUUAUAUUUCAUUAAUUAUCAAUAAAUAUUGAAAACUAUUUA